AUGUCCUCGGAGAGAAGGACUACAGCAAGACAGGACAGCUCCGAUGAUGAGAUCCUCCUGCCGAUGAAACUAAGUGCCUUCACAAAGGCGCUGCUCAAUGACGUACAAUCCGAACCUGGCACUCUCCCGCCCGCAAAGCCAACGUCACCAGCCGCAUCCCAGAGUCGAGGUAGCAGCCCGGCUCCGAGAAAGAGAGUCGUGCGUCUCAGUAGUACACCAGGGUGCGGUACCCUGCAAAACGGGUUGCGACGCUCCAUGUCGGCGUCUACGCAGAGGACAAGAGCGGAGAGCAGGAAUAGAUCCAUUGAAGGGGAUUCGCAUUUCCCGACACAGGCUGAGACGGACGAUCGGCAACCCAAGCAAGAACAGAGGAUCCGCUCAGCAGGCUCAUCAGCUGUUACUUUCAAGUCUUUCGGGGCAGAUAGCGACCCUGCCACACCAGAGAACCCUGCUAUUGUCGAGCGGGUCGACGCUGCUGAUCGUGUAGGCAACGCAUCACGAAGUAACAACUCGGGCAAGAGAGAUAAUCUUGAGCUUCGGGGUACGUCGCGCCUGAAGCGAGUCAACACAGUCUCUGGAGGUCUCCUCAGCGGGCCAGCUCGUCGCGGCCGACGAAGGCAGACUGAAGAAGAUUCAGAAGCACAUUGCGAAGAGCCACUUACUGCCGCUCAGGAUCCCGAGAGUCAGCAAGCUCAAGAUCCUGAGCCUGCUGUGAUCGAUCAGCCCGCCAUGGCUAUCUCAACCUCAGAACUGCAGAACCCUGCCGCCCUUCACGGGAUCCCUGCCGCAGUCGGCAAACGGGCAUCUCCGGUCCGCCUCUUGGACAUGCAUGCCCAACGAGUUGCGAGCCACAACGAAUCACCACACCAUGAGCUUAUUCCACUGCCAGAGAUUCCGUCGGUACAUGCCAAGGGAACUCAGGCUUCAGCGCCCGCAAGCUUCAGACGGGUCUCAAGAAACCUUGAUAAGGAGCUUAGCAAGCCAGCUAGACCACUCAGUCUCGACAUGGGGGACAUGGGAUCGGUUGCUCCACAGCCGGCCCUGAUCUCCUUAGAGAGAAGAGCUUUAGCCGUCAAGAGCCAGAAUGCUCCCUACCGGCCGGCACCAUCACUGCCGCCUCCCAAGAUGUCUGUCGUCGAGACCGCCGUGACGGCCACUCAUUCGAACAAGAAAAGACAGCUCUUGAUGAGGGUCAACGGCAGAGCCUAUACCAGACUAGACUGCAUCGGACGAGGAGGCUCGGGUAAAGUGUUCCGUGUUGCCACGGGGAGCGGAGUUCUGUUAGCCUUGAAGCGAAUUUCGCUCGUACAUAUGGAUGAGCUUACUGAGAAGGGCCUGAAAAGGGAAAUCGAACUGCUUAAGAAACUGCGGAAUGUCGAGCGUGUCAUUCAACUCAUAGACCAUGAGAUGAACAGAGAAAAGCAGUCGCUUUGUAUCCUCAUGCAAAUUGGCGAACUCGACUUCAACUCCCUCCUCAGGAAUCGCCACAGUGGAGCUGAAGCACACAGCUUGGAUAUCACAUUCGUGCGAUACUACUGGAAGGAGAUGCUUGAGUGCGUGCCAGCGAUCCAUGCGCAGGCGGUGGUGCACAGCGACCUCAAACCGGCCAACUUUGUACUUGUCAAGAGCAGGCUGAAGCUCAUCGACUUCGGCAUUGCCAACGCGAUCCAGACCGACAUGACGAUGAAUGUCCACCGUGAGACCAUGGCCGGCACAAUCAACUACAUGUCGCCCGAGUCACUGAUGGACUCAACCCAGUAUGCUUUCACGUCGAUCCACAACGGGCACUUCUAUAACCCAGCCAAUGGCGCGCCCAAGGUUGUGAAGGUCGGCAAGCCCAGCGACGUGUGGAGCUUGGGGUGCAUCCUGUACCAGAUGGUCUACGGCACGCAGCCUUUUGCAAUGAUAGACGAGCCACGGUUGCGCAUCCAUGCCAUUGUCGACUGGUCCCACCGGAUUGAUUUCCCGGCGACAACAGAGGAUGGGUCGCGCGUGCCUGUCGCUCUGAUACAGACGAUGCGACGCUGCCUGAGUCGUGACCAGAAGGACCGUCCCACGUGCGAGACCUUGUUGUCUGAGGGCAACGACUUGCACUACCCCAAAGAACUCAACCCAGCACCCACUGCGGUCAGAGACGGUGAAGCCCUGCCUAUGACCGAAGAGCUACUUGCUCGCGUCAUCCAGAAUAUCGUAUUGCGCUGCAGGGAAGGGAUGCCCGCGGACAACAUGGCCCUGGCAGCCUGGCCUAGCGCCUACUGGGCGAGCAUCAAGGAGGCUGUGGCACGACCGACACCUUGA